AUGUUAUUCUGCUUUCGAAGCUCCAAAUUAGUCCUUUUUUUGCUGUCAUUGCUCUUCUGUCCCUUGGCUUCGGCCUCGAGAGGAGACCAGCUGGACAAGUUCCAAGCAUGCGUCAAGGAAAACAUUGCUCAUCGCUGUACACAAGAUGGGUAUCGACUACAAUCGGGCCAGCUGCCGCUAGCACUUCGCUUGACAGGGUGGACUUGUGCAUCAGAUAUUGAUUAUCAGUGUCAACGUGCCAUCACAGACUACAUGGUCAAGAAUGGAGAGGAAGUCGAGCAGUUUCACGGAAAAUGGCCUUUUCAUCGCGUCCUUGGCAUUCAAGAGCCUGCUAGUGUACUAUUUUCUAUUCUCAAUGGGUAUGUGCAUGUUCGCGGCCUGCGAAAAGUCCGCGCACAGGUUUCCAGUGCCUUUCCCAUGCGCAGAUUCUAUGUCAUCUUUGCCUACGUCGGCAUGAAUGCAUGGCUCUGGUCUACCAUCUUCCACAUUCGUGACUUCAACUUUACGGAAAAGAUGGAUUACUUUUCUGCCGGAGCGUAUGUCCUCUACGGCUUAUUUUACGCAGUCAUUCAGGUCUUUCAGCUAUACAAGCGGCCAAGUUAUCAUCUCUUCCUGGUCAUAUGGGCAGCGGUAUGCCUCGUGUGCUAUCUGGCUCAUAUUGGCUACCUCACUUUUGUCAUUUUUGACUACGGUUAUAACAUGCUUGCAAAUGUUGUGGUUGGCAGUCUACACGGUCUCAUCUGGCUCUUUUAUUCCCUAUGCAAAGGCCAUCUCUCCCCAAAGAGUCCCGCACACGGACGCGUGGCCAAACAACCAGCGCCGAUUGUCUUGAUGCUGGCAUGUGCCAUGGCACUUGAGCUUUUGGACUUUAGUCCGUGGUUCUUCAUGAUCGAUGCCCACUCCCUUUGGCAUUUGGCGACCAUACCCAUCACGGCGAUGUGGUAUAAUUUUCUCGUCUCGUACGCUAUGCUCCAUCAGUCAGAGGUUGAUAAAAGCUUGCGUGCCUUACUAUGA